UUGGCCAGUGAGGAAAGAUUUUUAGUUUUUCUCUCUUUGGUAGGGAUCUGAGAGAUCCACAGAGAAGCCUACAAACGUUAAUACUGGAUAUUUUAUUUUCUGUCUGCCUGCUGAUUGCCUUUUUAAUCUGUAACUUUGAGAAAAUACAGUUGUCACAAUGUCCAGAGUUGCCAAUCUGUCGAAGCUGCGGCAAGAGAGGAUGAAGGAGAUCAACCUGCGGAAUAAAGAGAGAGAGCGUAUGAGGGAGCGGGAGAAGGCGGCAAGGGAGAGGGAGGCACGUUACAGCAAUGGUCAUCUCUUCACCUCCUUGACAGUGUCAGGAACCACGCUCUGUUCAGCAUGCAACAAGAGUAUUACUGCCAAGGAGGCACUCAGCUGCCCUACAUGCAAUGUCACUAUCCACAACCGCUGUCGAGACACUUUGCCAAACUGUGCCAAAAUGAAACAGAGGCAGCAGAAGACGGCCCUUAUGCGGAAUAACUCAUCCUUGCAGAAUGUCAAUCUGCGCACAAAAACUCCAGGAAUGCGCGAGCGUCCGAGUUCAGCCAUCUACCCUUCCGACAGCUUCCGACAGACCCUGCUGGGAUCCCGCCGUGGUCGCUCCGGCCUAUCUCUGUCCAAGAGUGUCUCCACCAACAACAUUGCAGGGACCCUGAAUGAUGACUCUCCCUUGGGGCUGCGCAGGAUCCUUUCCCAGUCUACAGACUCCCUCAGCUUCAGGGCUAGAGCUAUGUCAGUGGAGUCUCUCAACGAUGAUGGAGACCUCUACUAUACUUCCGUACUGGAGGAGAUGGAGUUAGAGGGCCAGGAUUUUAAGGCGGACUCGUGGAGCAUGGCGGUGGACAGCAGUUACUUGCAGACACACCGCAAAAACAUCAUCAAGAGGCAGGAUGUCAUCUAUGAGCUGAUUCAGACAGAGGUGCACCACAUGCGAACACUGCAUAUUAUGGAAAGGGUGUUCCGACAGGGCAUGCUGGAGGAGCUUCAGCUGGAUCCCAUCACCGUGCAUGCCAUGUUCCCGUGCCUGGACCAGCUGAUCAGGAUUCAUUCCCAUUUCCUGGCACAACUUCUCAUGCGGCGCAACAGCAGCCUGCAGCCUGGAUCCAACUGCAACUUCACCAUUCACAAGCUGGGGGACAUACUAUUAGAGCAGUUCUCAGGCCAGUGUGCAGAUGACAUGCGGAAGACCUACGCUGAAUUCUGUAGCCGCCACUUGAAGGCUGUCAAAUUGUACAAGGAACUACUGGCCAGAGACAAGAGGUUCCAGUGCUUCAUACGGCUGAUGAGUCGAGGACCCUUGCUGCGCUGCCAUGGGGUUCAGGAGUGCAUCUUGUUGGUGACUCAGCGGAUCUCCAAGUAUCCUGUUCUUAUCCAGCGCAUUCUGGAGAACACUAGCGAGGAUGAAGAAGAAGCUUCCUGUCUGGCCCAGGCUCUCUUGAUGAACAGAGAACUUCUUAGUUCAAUAGACCAACAGAUGGAGGACCUGGAGAAAACGCAGCGGCUGCAAGAGAUCCAGGCCAAACUGGACCCACGGGCUGAGGCCAGAGUAAGGGAUGGAGGAAUUUUCAAGCCUGGAGAGUUGCUCCGCCGCAGACUCAUCCAUGAAGGGACCCUCUUCUGGAAAACGCCAGGAUCCCGGCUCAAAGAUAUACAGGUCUUACUGAUGACAGACAUCCUGGUGUUUCUGCAGGAGAAAGACCAGAGGUACAUCUUUCCAUGUCUGGACAAACCUCCAGUGCUGUCUCUUCAGAACCUGAUAGUGAGGGAUAUAGCCAAUCAGGAGCGAGGCAUGUUCCUCAUCAGUGACUCCUCCCCUCCUGAGAUGUAUGAGUUCCAUGCUGCAACCAAGGAGGACAAGAACGUCUGGAUACGCCACAUCCAGCGCACCGUCAGCAAGUGCCCAUCUAGAGAGGAGUUCCCCCUCAUAGAGACUGAACACAAGGCCCACCUGAGGAGACUUAAAGCUGACCUCCAGCAGAAGGACCGGGAAAUGCUGGAGCUCCUGCAAGAGAGGGUGACUCUCUUCUGUGAGCUGACAGAGGUGACCAGUGGUCAGGAGGGCCUACAGCCUCCCAUCACUCGCUACUUGUUCAGGGCAGACACACCCCAAGCCCCCCGUGCAGAAAAACUUCUACUGGAUGCCACAGCUGAGGUGGACAGACUAAGCGAGCUACUUCUGGGCUCCAGCAUGGACAUCCCUCUUCCAUGUCUUCACAACCACAUGGAGGUGGUAGAAACCUGUGAUCAGGAUCUGUUCAAUGGAGCCCAUGACUACUCUGCAGCAAAGGGUUGCAUGAGGAAUCAAGACAAGCCACCACCCACGGAGAUAUAUCAGACGCUGGUGAAUCUCAGUGUUUAUCUCCAUGCACUCCAGGGUGCUAUUAUCAAACAAGACUCCAUCUUGGAGCUGUUACUUCAGCCGCAGGACACCUUGGCACCAGCUGGAGGAGGAGUGUGGCGCCCCCUCUGGCGAGAUGGUGGAAAUCGGGAUAACAGUGCAGGGUCAACCAUUGGGGAGCUGGCUCUUUUGCAGAGACAACACAGCCUGCUGCAGGAGGAGCUGCUGAGGCUGCGGGAUGCCGAGAGCCGGUUCAAGGACAGUGAGAGGGCCCGGGCCAAACUGGAGAGGCAGGUCCGACACAUGAAGGUCUGCAGUGGUGCUCCACUUGCAUCCCAGCAGCUGGGGGAACAGUCUUUUCAACCUACAUCUCUGCAGCCGGGUAGGGAGGUCUCAACUGGAGAUGACACACUGCAGGCCAGCCAGGAACCCACCCACCAGUCAGAUGGCCUCCAGGACAGCAGUGAUUUGGAGGUAGACAUGACAUCAGAUGAUGAUGAUGGGACGGCAUCUGAAAGCUCCAAAGAUCUUCAAGAUAUUCCAGAGGAUAUCUGAUCCUCGGCAUGUUUCACAGUGUUAAUGACCUUAGAGCUACAAUUGAUUCUAAUUUAACUUGACUGCAACAAUACGCAUGUCUAUCUUUUCUGCAAGUCUUCAUGUUUAUUUAGCUGCUUUACUUUUGAGUGUUUGGCUUGUGACGGUAGUUGUUUUAGUUUUCAGUUAUGCUUUUGAAUGUUUGGAUUUAUGAUUUCAUUGCAUCAUUUGGUCAAAGGGUCGUGAAAAGAUUUGACUAAAUGAACAUCAGAGGCCUGUAUUACGAAGCAGGAUUUGAGCUUAGCAAGAUAACCCUGAGCUUUUAGUACCAUGAUUGUGGUUCUUCUUUUUCUUACCAGGGGAGAUCGCCAUGGUAUCUUAUGCUGAACAGCUAACCUGCUCCAAAGCAGGUUAUGUUCCAGAUAAGAGAUCGACUCUAUAAAAGCACCAGCUACUGACCAAUCAGCUCUCUUAGAAAAUGACUUGAAGAUGAAAAUGAAGAUCCCUCAGAUUGUUUUAUAGGCGGCUUUUAUGGUUGCUGUGGUGAUGCUAACAAACUUUUGUAUAGCGAUAUAAUCCUACAUAGACUGAUUGAAGCAGGCUACUGAAGCCUUGUAGGCUACUACUUGUUGUAGUCUUUUAAGAUAUGACAUCAAGCCUACUUACCGCUUUGAAAUGUGUUUUAUAUUUUUUAUUUGCUCCCAAGUCCGUUUCACACACAUUAGAGCAAUGUUUGGAACAUUUUUUAGUGCAUUAAAGAAAUGAAUCUGAUUUUUGAAGUGAUGAGAAGUUUAAAAGUGAGUUGGAACAAUCAUUUAUUCAGUGCCCUAGGCUUUUAAUGCGGAAACGCCGACACACAGCUGAGCUGAAAGAAUAAGGCUAAAAUUGUCUCACACGCUGUAAGAACACAUCAAAUCAAUGCAUUCAUAUUACAGGCUACGCCUGUUCGUAUAGGCCUUCAUACUGUCAGCAAUUUUAUGUCUUUCUGCAUGUGUUACUCAGACUGUUUCUUGCGAUUGCUCAUCUCCUGCAAACACCACCUUUUUCAUGUGAACAUGCUUACGGCUGGAUUGGGAAACCCUGAGUUUACUUACCGAGUUGAUAACCAGCUUUGUGUGUCCGCUUGUGGCUCAGGAGAUAGAGUGGGUUGGCCAUUAAUUGGAAGGUCU